UCGCGGCCUCCACUACCACCACCUAGAAGCACUCAAGCGCCCGCGCCGGCGCAGCACCACCGAGCCAGGAACCGAGGGCAGCCCAUCUCUAAGCCACCAUGACGACCUGCGGCGCCGCCAUCAAGAACUUCGAGGCCAAGACCGGCGAGGUGGCCGCGGAGGCCAAGAUCGUCAAGCUCUACUGCCAGGUGCCGCCCAUCGCGAAGAUGGACGGGUCUCUGAACAACUUGGCGGCGUGCGAACAUUUACAAUUGAGCACGAACGCCAUCGACAAGUUCGGCGUGGCCCUGUCGCUGCCGAACCUCAAGAUUUUGAGCGUGGGCCGGAACGUGAUCAAGAAAUUUGAUAAACUCGACGACCUGGGGGACAAUUUGGAGGAGCUCUGGUGCUCGUACAACCAGAUCCAGUCCUUGGACGGCCUGUCGAACUUGACGAAUUUGCAAGUGCUGUACAUGUCGAACAAUCAGCUCAAAAAUUUUGACGAGUUGAGCAAGUUAUCCGCGAACCCCGGCCUGAGAGAUAUUUUACUGGUGGGCAACCCCAUGUACGAAGGGUUGGAACCUACCGAGGCGAAGAUUGAAGUGCUGCGGAGACUGCCCAAUAUCGCGAAGAUUGAUGGUGCGAUGGUUUUGCAGAGCGAGAGAGAUGCCGCGGCGGCGCCGCCGGAGGAGUAAGGUGCUGGAUCUU